AUAAGACAAUGCCUCCAGGAAACAGAUCCAUACUGAUUUGGUCACCACUUCUGAACUGACAAGAAUGUUUGACCUAGCAUGUAUCCUGUAAUCUUGUUUAGGGUCAUACCGUCAAAAUGGCCCUAAGUACAAUUGUUCACUCACGCGACAGAACCAGAUUCACAAGACUGAGUUUGGUCAUCCUCGAGGAAUUGACACCACUGUUGCAAGAUAUACUUCAUAAUGAAAUCCCGCCAAAUCAAAUAUUUAUUCAAGUUUCACGACAGAAGUCACUUUUCCAACAGCUUAGAGCGGAACAAACAACACUGAUUCAAAAUGCUCACAAUGAUGGAUACAAAAACUUCGAUAUUACUCUUUUGUACACACUAUUACGCAAUCUCAAAUGUCUAAAAUUCUCAGCUCCAACACAAGGAUGGGGGACAUCACAAAUGCCGGGAAAUGGGGAGACAACUCUUGGUGAUGACAUUGAGAGAAUUCGUCUCAUAAGAAACAAAGUAUGUGGACAUACUGCUGUGCCAGUAUUGUCAGAAACAGAGUUCCAGCAACACUGGUCCAAUAUUUCAGACAUUUGCAAAAGAAUGCAGACAUUGCUUGGUAAUAACUAUGUCCAAAACCUGCAGAUGGCUGAAGUACGUGCUAUUGACAAAGAGAUGGAAAGCACAUACCUUGAGAAAAUUAAAAAGCUCUGUAUUGAUGAGAAAAGUACGAGAAAAUUGUUACAAGAGGUCAUCCAAGAUAGAGCUCCCUAUGUACAAGAAACUGUAAGAAUUGAAACCAGAAAUUCACUAAAGAGGAAACAUGCCGAAACGUUAACUGACACGAGCAUUUCCAUUCUGAACUGCAUGAUGAAUAGCAUCAAUGAAUGGACAUCACACUCAGAAAUAGAACUCCUGUAUGAAUCAGUAGAGGAAUUCAUACGCGCAAACAAGAAAGAGAAACCAACAUUAGCGUCUAACCCAUUUUUUAGAAAGUUGCGACAGAAAAUAACAAAAUAUGCUUAUUUGAAAAAAGAAAACCAAAUGGAAAUUUUAGCAAGAUUUAUCCUCUUUACCUUGAAGUUAAAGACAAAGUAUAGUGUUGAAUUAGAAAGUGCAGAGGGCAGCAUACUGUUGAAGUUGACCUUUUCCUCAGAGAAAGGUUAUGACCUCUACAUGCAGGACUUGGACAGAGGACAGAUUGGGAAGCUAAUACUACAUUUGUUGCUUUACCCUCCAUAUGUGGCCAGUUUUGAUCUGCAUGCUGACGAUUUGAAGAUUUAUCUCAAUGAUAAGUUAAAUCAGAGAUCAGUAAGUUAUUAUAAUUACAGAAAUCAAUGUAUAAUGAUUAGUACAGAACUUAAUGAGUAA